UUAUAGUUACUAUGGAUUCCAUGAGGGGUCAAGGAGGCAUUCAGAUGCUGCUGAAUGCAGAACAGGAAGCUCAACAGAUUGUUGCUGCUGCUAGAAACUUGAAGUUGACAAGAUUAAAGCAAGCUAAAGAUGAAGCUGAGAAAGAUGUUGCAGCCUAUAAAUCCAAAUUAGAAUCCGAACAUCAAAAGAAACUCUCCGAGACAAGUGGAAGUUCAGGGACCACAGUGAAAAGGCUUGAAGAGGAAACUCAAGUAAAGAUUAAGCAAUUGAAGGAAUCAGCCUCAAAGGUCCAGCCAGAAAUAAUUGCAACGAUCAACAAGUAUAUCACUACCGUUCAUAAAUGAUGCUUCAUGGUCAGUUUUACACCUUCACGUAUGCUGAUUUUUUCCCUUUGCUCUUCUUUCU